UUGAGCGAGACCGUAUUAUACUUUAAUUCUAAGGUCGCUAUUAUAGAGAGUAUAGAUUGUGCGCCGGGGGAACGACAGUGACGCAACGAUGCGCUCGAGUUCCCCCACGUGAUCACUAUAAGCUACACGAAGCAUGGUCGUUUCUCCGUGAACACUGUAUGUUUACUCGUUUACCUCUGCAACGUUCUUGCGGCGCGUGGCUUAUUUUAGGCCUUUAUUCGAUCGUUAUUGAGUGUGUUGAGUAUUAAAUUUGUGUUCGGUACGGCUUCUAUACAGUGGCUUUCCUUAUUUUUCUUGACUUGUCCUGUCGUAUAUGCUGUGCCAGUUUUAUAAACAGAGAAACGAGGAUAUUAACCUCUCGCAGCAAAGAAUAUAUCGUAGGUUUUACAGACGGCAAGUUCUUCAUACGCAAACGUUAUAUUGACUGUCACGUUCACAAAAACGUUAUUUGAAUUGAAAUAGAUUUUGUCACCAAUUAUUUUCUUCUGAAGUAAAAUACGGAAUCAUGCCUAAAUUAAAGAAACAAACAUUUUAUAGUCGUCGGCAUCGAGGCCGACUUAUAAAAGAAAUGUUACAGGACAUUGAACUUGGUGGUAACUAUAAAGAAUCAGAAAAUUUAUCCGAAACGAGAAUGUCAGAGUGUGACAAUAAUAGUAAUGAUAGACAGUUGCAAAUAAACGAAGACAUUCCGUUCAAUUACAAUAAAGCUUGUAAUCGGUCAAUACAAGAGGAAGUAGAACAAGAAAUAGAAGAAGAGCAACAAGAAGUAGAAGAAGAGCAACAAGAAGUAGAAGAAGAGCAACAAGAAGUAGAAGAAGAGCAACAAGAAGUAGAAGAAGAGCAGGAUAUGGAACAAGAAGAAGAAACAAUCUUACCGAACGAAUACGAUAGCGAAGAUUCAAUGGAAUCGGAACGCGAUGUUGAUAACGAAAUAAAUAUUGGUAGAUUGCAGACAAAUCUAGUGCAAUGGAGUCAUGCAAACAAUAUAUGUAUAUCUGCCGUAACUAAUCUUUUACACGUAUUAAGAACCGAAAAUUGUAUGAAGAACCUUCCACAAAAUGGUCGAACACUUUUAAAAACACCUAGAAAAUCGGAAGUUUUUCAAAUGGAACAUGGACUGUACUGUCAUUUUGGAAUAGAAAAGGGCUUGCAGCAUAUAAUUGAACUCAAUGAUGGCCUCAGGUGUCUACCAAAAGAAGUACAUUUAUCUGUUAAUAUAAAUGGACUACCUCUUGCUAAAAGUUCCAAGAGCCAACUAUGGCCUAUUCUUGGGAGUUUUAGAAAUUUUAUAAAUAAGAGACCAUUUUUAAUUGGAGCCUUUCACGGGUAUGGGAAACCACCAGGCAUUGAAUUAUAUUUACGAAUGUUUAUCGAAGAAGCUGAAAACCUAAUUCAAAAUGGCUUUACUUAUGCUGGCAAGAACAUUCCAUUCAUAAUUGAUUGCUUCAUAUGUGACGCUGCUGCGAGAGCUUAUGUUUGCUCUAUAAAAAGUCAUAGCAGAUUUUAUGGGUGUCCAAAAUGUGAGACUAAAGGUAUCUAUCAAGGAAAAGUAGUAUUUCCAGAAAUGAAUGCUUCGUUGCGUACCAAAGAAUCAUUUAUCAAUCAAACCCAAAUUGAACACCAUACUGGAGUAAGUCCCUUGUUAAAACUUAACAUAGAUAUGAUUUCCCAAUUCCCCCACGAUUAUAUGCAUUUGGUACUACUGGGACAAGUGAAAAAAAUGCUGAAAUUAAUAACCGGAAAAUUAAAUCCAAUGAAACUGGGAACACAACAAGUUCUCGAGAUUUCACGUAGACAACUUGCAUUAAGAACACACAUUCCAUUAGAAUUUGCUCGAAAACCCAGAGCAUUAGAUGAGCUUGAUCGAAUGAAGGCAACCGAAUAUAUAGAAUUUCUCUUGUAUACUGGACUAAUAGUUCUUCGUAAAGUCGUAAAACAGGACAUAUAUGAGCAUUUUUUUAAAUUAUCAAUAGCUAUACGUAUCUUAGCAACUCCUGAAAUAGAUGUAGAACAAAACAGGUACGCAAAAAAUUUAUUACAAAAGUAUUUUACCGACUUUUUAUUAUUGUAUGGAAUAAACAAUGCUACAUAUAAUACACAUGGAUUGUUACAUCUGGCUGAUGAUGCUUUACAAUGGGGAGCAUUAGACAAAUUUUCCGCAUUUAUUUUCGAAAACUACUUGCAAGAAAUCAAGAAAAUUGUGAGAAAAAGUGAUAAACCUCUUCAGCAAAUAAGUAACAGAGUUUCUGAAUUAAGAAGAAAUUGUGUUACCGUUGAAAUGAUCGAUCGCAUUAAUACCUAUAAAUUAAGGAGAGAAUGUUACAAUGGACUCUUGAUAAAUGAUUGCAGACCGCCGAUGUAUACAAAGAUUCAAUUCCAACAUUUUACAAUUACUACAAAAGCUCCUAAUAACUGCUGCAUAAUGAAAGAUGAUAGUAUUGUUAUGGUAGAAAAUAUUUGUCACAUCGUACAUCGUAAUAAUAGUAUUGUCAUUAUUGGCAAACUUGCGAAAAAUGGAAAAUCGUUUUUUAAUUCUCCAGCACCAUCGACUUGCUUCGGAAUAGUACAAUUUCCUGGCGAAUACAGUUCUUUGAGAUCGUUUCCAAUUGAAAAUAUAUAAUAAAAAUAUAAAUAAAAAAUAAAGACGUCGUUCUUCCUAUUUUUGAACAUCGCCACAACAAUAUCGUAAUAUUUCCAUUGAUACACAGUCAGUAAUUAUCUAUUAAUUAUUUAAAUAUUUCAC